CAGACGUGUGUCGAAGACCUACUGGUGGUCCUAGAGGAGGUUCGGUGGACAUCCGGACAUGUUCAACUGGCUCGUGGCUAUUUUCAACUGGCUCGGUGCCAUGUUCAAUCUUUUUAACUUCCUUGGCUCUGAGCCCCCUCCACCGUCGAACAUGGAUAUUGGCUUUCAGGCUCUUCAAAAUCAUAUGGGCACUCUACUUCUUCUAUUUAUAUACAUGAUUAUGCACGUUGGUACAAAUUAUCUAGUAUUUUUAAAGGAUGACACCCUUGAUAUCAUGAUCUUAGAUCUCUUAAAGAAAUGGGCUGAAGGCAAUUCUAUGGACAGCAGUGAGUGCACCCUCAGACUCGUCUUCUGUCACCUGAGUCGGAUAGAACACUUACUGGAGACUGACUACUCCUCCGAGGAUUCAUCAGACCCCACCUGUGCUGGGUCUUGCCAUGAGCUGACCACCUCCUGCAGAGGUGAGGAGACCAAAGGCAUGGAGGAUGGAUAUCUGAGCAACACCGGCAAUAAUCAAAACUCAGGUGAACUGAAGAUCUCUUUUUGGACACAGCCACCUAUGGAUCAUGCACCAUGCAGUGAGCCCAUGGGUGACAGGGAGCCCUUGGGAACAUCUUCCGCUGGUAAGAAGACCAGCCAAGAGCAAUUGCCGGGACCUCAGGCAGUCAGUAUGCCAUGCUGUGAGAGUCACAUCAAAAACACCGUUGCUCACAAGCGCUGGAGACGGGCCUUCUUAAUGAUCCAAAUAGUGAGGAUGCUGGCUGCCAGCAUACCGGCAAGGCUUAAACCACCAACGUCAGCUUCCUCUCAAGCUAAGGCCAAGACUGUGACAACAACCCUCUGGUCCCCUCUUUUCUUUACGCAGAAACUCAAAACCGUCUCAGAGAGCAAGGCAGCAAAUUCUGACCGUCCACCCAUACUGAUGGUCUCCCAGGCCUUCAGACCCCCCUUUGUUACCGAGAGGGUCUGGCAGAAGCUGGAGGCUCACAUGCGCCGCAAGACCAGUCAGCGUCUGUGGGGCUUUCCUAAUCUGGUCGUCAAGUAUGUGGGAGACCAUGUGGUCCAGUUGCCCGCCGGCGACGGCAGACCUGUGCGGAAUGCUGUAAAGUCUUGGAACCCCGAGGCGCAAAAAGGCCUGUGCUUGGUGAGGGGAAGCGAAGUCUCAGAGAAAUUACAGCACCUGUCAAAACCCACCAGGAAGGAGCAAGCUGCUGUGCUGGAGUGUCACAAGCAGCUUGCCGAACACCCCGAGAUCCUGAGUGCAGCCUGUCGUCCAUCCGUUGCUCUGGAUGGUGUGUUGGGGGAGGUGACGUCACUCAAGAGGAGGCUUGAAAACAAACUCAGGAGGAAAUUCUUGGAGGUGAAACUCUGCACAAUUCCAGGGAAGGUGCUGCAGUCAUACCACGCAGCGCCCUACGUUGCUAAAGCCCAAAAGGCCCGUCCAGCUUUCACACAGCAGAGGGCUCCAUGCAAACUAAAACAGAGAGUCACAGAGACACUACCUUUCAUGUGUCAGGAAGAUCUGAACCGCAUAGAGCUCAACCUGCAACUAAAGAGCUCCGAACACCAGCAGGGGAAAUCAACAUAUUACACCCUCUCUCUAGAAAAAAUGAGAAGAUUAAACUAGAUAAAUAUUGCAAUAAAUAAACAUUUUCAUUGAAGCAUA